AUGGAAGUGGUCAACAAUGUUACUGAAUUUAUAUUUCUAGGACUUUCCCAAGAUCCUGGAAUGCAGCUGAUGUUUUUUCCUCUAUUCCUUUUCUUCUACAUGGUGAUCAUGGUGGGAAACCUGCUUAUUUUGCUUAUGGUCUUUUCUGAUCCCCAGCUUCAAACACCCAUGUACUUCUUCCUUAGUAACCUGUCCUUUGUGGACCUUGCCUACUCCUCAGCCACAGCACCCAAGAUGAUUGCAGACUUUGUGUCUGAGAAAAAGAUUAUUUCCUACUGGGGUUGUGUAACCCAGAUGUUUACCUUCCACUUUUUUGGUUGUGCUGAGAUUUUUGUGUUGACUGUCAUGGCUUUUGACCGUUAUGCCGCCAUCUGCCAACCUCUCCGUUAUACCACCAUCAUGAGUGCCAAUGCCUGCACUAUGCUAGCAUCACUAUCCUGGUUAGGAGCCCUGGCUCACUCCUUUGUUCAGACCCUCCUGACGUUCCAACUGCCCUUCUGCAAUGCUCAGGUAAUUGACCACUACUUUUGUGAUGUCCACCCAGUUCUAAAACUUGCCUGUGCUGACACAACCCUGGUAAAUAUGCUGGUGAUUGCCAAUAGUGGUCUCAUUUCUCUGGGAUGUUUCCUCAUCCUCCUGGCCUCCUACACAGUCAUUUUAUUUAGUCUUCAGAAGCGGUCUGCUGAGAGCCGGCGCAAGGCUCUCUCUACCUGCGGGUCUCAUUUCACCGUAGUAACUUUCUUCUUUGUCCCUUGUAUCUUUAUUUACCUCCGCCCAUCCACAACUUUCCCACUGGAUAAAGCUGUGUCUGUGUUCUAUACCACAAUCACCCCAAUGCUAAACCCACUGAUCUAUACUCUGAGGAAUGAGGAUGUAAAGAAUGCCAUGAGACGGCUAUGGUGUCGCCAGGUCUCCUUGAAGGAAAAGCAGAAGGGAUAGUUUGUCAGAAUUGCAAAAUCAGAGAAUUGAUACAUUCAAUGGUUCUUGUUAAUACCUUUAAGGAAUAAUCUCCAAAAUUCAACUAUGUCAUACUUUUCAUUUAAAAGGGAAUACUUUGAGGCGACUUCAUUUUUCUGCCUUUCCGCAGGCUAAAUUUAAACCUUUCCAUACUGGCAAGGUUUAUCCUCUUUUACUUCUAGAGUAGGAGAGUAAACACUCCCUCUCCUGUCUCAUUUAACUGCUU